CAAAGACCCAACUCCACUCCACUGUCUCUUCUCUAUGCUUUUCCUUUUUCCUUUUUAUAUUUUAAUUCAUAUUGACAAAGCAGAAGAAAAGAUUUGUAUUUUAAUGGGGCUAAGGGAAUAUUUGUGAAAGAACCUCUUCCUCUCGGACGUAGAAGCUCUGAAGCUUGUGUGUGUGGAAGAAAAAAAUGGAGGAAGUUGAAGCUGCAAACAAAGCAGCAGUGGAAAGCUGUCAUGGAAUCUUGAAUCUCUUGUCACAACAAACCAAUGAUCCUAAAUCCCUACUGGUUGAAACAAGAGAAGCAGUUAUCAAGUUCAAGAGAGUCACUUCUCUUUUGACUAGAGGGUUAGGAGGUCAAAGAAAGAUCAAAAAACUCAACAACAACAACAACUACUACAAGUUUAUGUCUCCUUUGUUGCCCCAACACAUCUUCUUGGAAAGUCCCAUUUGCAGUAAUAAUGCUAUAACCGGUUGCGUUCCAGUUCUAGCACCAAAGCCUCUUCAGGUUAUACCACCUGCUGCUCCUAGUUAUGGUGAACAGAGACCGGUUCACCCUCCACCUAUGAUGCUUAACCAUAAAAUGUGUGUUGACAAGUCGUUUCUGGAGCUAAAGCCACCGUCUCUUCGAGCUGUUGAUCAAAAGCCAUAUCAGUAUAUCCGUAACCACCAGCAAGGAGUGUACUAUAGGAGCAACAGUGGUUUAAACCUAAAGUUUGAUGGGUCUGGUGGUGGUGGUAGUUGCUAUUCCCCAAGUGUUUCCAACGGCUCAAGAUCGUUUGUGUCAUCUCUUAGUAUGGAUGGGAGUGUGACGGACUACGAUAGAAACUCGUUUCAUUUGAUCGGAUUACCUCAGGGGUCUGAUCAUGUAUCGCAGCAUUCCAGGAGGACAAGCUGCUCUGGUAGUUUGAAAUGUGGAAAUAAGAGCAAGUGUCAUUGUUCUAAGAAAAGGAAGUCGAGGGUGAAACGAUCCAUCAAAGUACCUGCAAUCAGUAACAAGAUUGCAGAUAUACCACCAGAUGAAUACUCAUGGAGGAAGUAUGGACAAAAGCCAAUAAAGGGUUCUCCUCAUCCUAGGGGAUACUAUAAAUGCAGCAGCGUGCGAGGUUGUCCAGCAAGGAAGCAUGUUGAACGAUGUGUAGACGAAGCUUCGAUGCUUAUUGUGUCUUAUGAAGGCGAGCAUAACCAUGCGAGAAUGCUCUCCUCCCAGUCAGCUCACACCUGAUUAGCUAAACCGGUCUAGUAGCUGCGAUCUGCAAGUGUAAAUUCUACCUUGAACGUAGGUUAUCGUGCAUCACAAGUUUGGUUUCAGCCUUAUCUAUAUAUAGAUAUUGUUAUAAAUGUCAUAAUCUAGAAUGUUUUUUUUUGUAUCAGUUGUUGAACUAAUGUAUCUGAUAUGAUUCGGUUCCUCUCUGUUUUUACAAGUCCA